CAGGUGACGCAGGAGUGGGUACAGCCCAGCCGCCACCAUGGUUGCCCUCUCGCUGAAGAUCAGCAUUGGCAAUGUGGUGAAGACCAUGCAGUUCGAGCCCUCCACCAUGGUGUACGACGCCUGCCGGAUGAUUCGCGAGCGGGUGCCCGAGGCCCAGAUGGGACAGCCCAAUGAUUUUGGGCUGUUCCUAUCGGAUGAAGACCCAAAGAAAGGGAUCUGGCUGGAGGCUGGGAAGGCUCUGGACUAUUACAUGCUUCGCAAUGGGGACACCAUGGAGUACAAGAAGAAGCAGCGGCCCCUGAAGAUCCGUAUGUUGGAUGGGACAGUGAAAACAGUGAUGGUGGAUGACUCCAAAACCGUCACAGACAUGCUUAUGACAAUCUGUGCCCGAAUCGGCAUCACCAACUAUGAUGAGUACUCACUUGUUCGGGAGAUUAUGGAAGAGAAGAAGGAGGAGGUUACCGGCACCCUCAAGAAGGACAAGACACUGCUGCGAGAUGAGAAGAAGAUGGAGAAGCUCAAGCAGAAGCUGCACACAGAUGAUGAGUGUAG